UCCCUGCAGCUCUCUGUCUCUGAAGAGGAGGUUCCCCCUGAGCAGCAGCACUGUGAGCAGGAGUGGAGCCCCAGUCUGGGACAGAAGGACCCAGAGACCACACAUAUUAAAGAGGAACAGGAGGAAGUCAGGACCAGUCAGGAGGAAGAGCAGAUUCAAGGGCUCUUUGAUACCAAAGACUCCAUAUUCACUCCUUCCUGUGUGAAAAGUGAAUGUGAUCUGGAGAACCCAUGUCAAGAAGCCGUACUCGCUGAACACCCAACUCUCAGUCCACUGAAAACAUCUAAACUACAGUUGUUGAGUGUGUUUUUAAAUGAAUGUUUAACGACAUCUGCUGCUGUGGAGAUUUUUCGUGCGAUUGAGGAAACAGUAGUGGAGUACCAGGAGGAGAAUGAUCUGCUACGGAGACUGCUGGGGAGGACACCGGUGAUACCUCUAUGUAGAAUAGACUCCCUGCAGCUCUCUGUCUCUGAAGAGGAGGUUCCCCCUGAGCAGCAGCACUGUGAGCAGGAGUGGAGCCCCAGUCUGGGACAGAAGGACCCAGAGACCAAACAGAUUAAAGAGGAACAAGAGGAAGUCAGAACCAGUCAGGAGGAAGAGCAGCUUCAAGGGCUCAAAGACUCCAUAUUCUCUCCUUCCUGUGUGAAAAGUGAAUGUGAUCAGGAGGACCCACUUCAGUCCUUGACUCUUCCCCAAAUCCAGACUGUGGAGAACAGAGAGAGAGACUCUAAACCAGUGGAUCUCACACCUUUUGUCACUGUGACCCACAUUAAGGGUCUCAACAUUCCCUGUGACCCUCCAGAUAAUCAAAACAAUGCCUCCAGCCACAGUUCAGCCGUAAGCAGCGACACAGUAGGACUUGACAGCAGCCCACCAUUAGAUCCCAGUUCACCAUUGGAUCCCAGUCCACCAUUGAAGAAACACUGUUCCAAACCCAACACCACAGCUAGAAAAACUCACCACUGCCGUGACUGUGGUGCAACAUUUGUUCUGAAAGCUGACCUGCAGAGACAUGUGACUCUCUUCAGUAAGAUACCCAGUGAAUGUAGUUCCUGCCAAAAACGCUACAACUCCACCUGUAAACUGAAGGCCCAUGUCCGACUCUGUCACAGUGGUCAACCCUGCACCUGCCCUGUUUGUGGAAAGACCUUCAAACUCAAAGGAGUUCUGUCCAGACACAUGAGGAUUCACACAGGAGAGAAAUUGUUUACCUGUGGUGACUGUGGGAAAGGCUUCAAUCGGAAGGAGACCUUAACUACGCACAAACUGACUCACACUAGAGAGAAACCAUUUAGCUGUGGUGACUGUGGGAAAAGUUUCAAUCGGAAGGUGAGCCUAACUGAACAUAAAUUGACUCGCACAGGAGCGAAACCAUUUAGCUGUGGUGACUGUGGGAAAAGCUUCAUUCGGAAGGUGAGCCUAACUGAACAUAAACUGACUCACACAGGAGAGAAACCAUUUGUCUGUGGUGACUGUGGGAAAAGCUUCAAUCGGAUAGGGCACCUAUCUGAACAUAAACUGACUCACACAGGAGAGAAACCAUUUAGCUGUGGUGAAUGUGGGAAGAGCUUUAUUCAGAACAGGGCACUAAGUAGACAUUUACUGACUCACACAGGAGAGAAAUCAUUUAGCUGUGGUGACUGUGGGAAGAGCUUUAUUCAGAAGUGGGACCUAAGGAGACAUAAGCUGACUCACACAGGAGAGAAACCAUUCACCUGUGGUGACUGUGGGAGAAGUUUCAAUCGCAAGGAGACUUUAAGUACGCACAAACUAACUCACACCAGAGAGACACCAUUUAGCUGUGGUGACUGUGGGAAGAGCUUUAUUCAGAAGGGGGUCCUAAUGAGGCAUAUACUGACUCACACAGGAGAGAAACCAUUUAGCUGUGUUGACUGCGGGAAAAGCUUUAUUCUGAAAGGGGACCUAAGAAGACAUAUGCUGAUUCACACAGGAGAGAAACCAUUCACCUGUGGUGACUGUGGGAAAAGUUUCAAUCGCAAGCAGACCUUAACUACGCACAAACUAACUCACACCAGAGAGAAAUCAUGUAGCUGUGGGGACUGUGGGAAAAGCUUAAAUCGGAAACAUCAUGGCUGCUCAGUCUGUGAUAAAAUAUUAAUUCAGAAGACUAAUCUGCUAACACAUGAAAAACAACCACAAAGAAAGUAAAUGAGGACACAGAGAGGAGACUAAGAGAGUAUUGAGAUACACCUGUGGACCAACUCUAACUGGUCCUCCUGAUCCUGCUCAGUCCAAUGUGACAGUAAUUAUAUAAUGGGGCUGUUGUCUGAACCUAACAGGCAAUGUUGCUGCUCUUUGUGUAUGAAAUUGACAAUCUGCAGUUCAGACAACCACCACUUUUUAGGUGAACAACUGAGGGAUGAUGUUGGAGAGUUGUGAACACUCAAUGUCGUAGACAGAUAUGGAUACAAGAUCUGAUGCAGGUUUUCCAAUAGGCGGCCCGUUGGUGGUUUUAUUUGGCCCACUUUUCAUGUGUAAAUAGAUUUACAGUACCAGUCAGAAGUUUGGAUACACUAUAUAUAAGUAUAUAAGUAUUCGGCCCCCUUGAACUUUGCAAAUGUAUACGGAGACUUGAUUACACACAGGUGGAUUGUAUUUAUCAUCAUUAGUCAUUUAGGUCAACAUUGGAUCAUUCAGAGAUCCUCACUGAACUUCUGGAGAGAGUUUGCUGCACUGAAAGUAAAGGGGCUGAAUAAUUUUGCACGCCCAAUUUUUCAGUUUUUGAUUUGUUAAAAAAGUUUGAAAUAUCCAAUAAAUGUCGUUCCACUUCAUGAUUGUGCCCCACUUGUUGUUGAUUCUUCACAAAAAAAAUACAGUUUUAUAUCUUUAUGUUUGAAGCCUGAAAUGUGGCAAAAGGUCGCAAAGUUCAAGGGGGCCGAAUAAUUUCGCAAGGCACUGUACAUUUAAGGGUUUUUCUUUAUUUUUACUAUUUUCUACAUUGUACAAUAACUUGCCACCCAGGUGUAUCCAAUCUCAAGAAAUUGUAGAAAACAUCUCCCUUAUAUAAUCAAUGUGAGCAUUACUUAACCAGGGGAGUAGUGAUUGGAUAAUGGGGGAUGUUUUGUAACCAUUAGAGUAGUGAUUGGAUAAUGGGGAUGUUUUGUAACCAGGGGAGUAGUGAUUGGAUAAGGGGGAUGUAUUGUAACUAGGGGAGUAGUGAUUUGAUAAGGGGGGGUUGUAAAACCAGGGGAGUAGUGAUUGGAUAAGGGGGAUGUUUUGUAACUAGGGGAGUAGUGAUUGGAUAAGGGGGAUGUUUUGUAACCAGGGGAGUAGUGAUUGGAUAAGGGGGAUGUUUUGUAACUAGGGGAGUAGUGAUUGGAUAAGGGGGAUGUUUUGU